AUGUUUGUUGGUGCUUUGGUGGCCAACACUGUGACAGUGUUCUGUGCUGAGAAAGAUUUCUGUAGGAGAGCAGAGGAACAGAGGAAAAAGAUGCAGGGCACAUCUUUCAAUCCUUUUGUGACAUAUGACCAGAGCAAGAACCACAAGAGGCAUUUCAAUGCCCUUUCCCACAUACAGAGGAAAAUUAUAUCUCCUCUUUUGAAGGAGCUGAGACAGAGGUACAAUGUCUGCUCCAUGCCCAUUCGAAAAGAUGAAGAAGUCCAGGUAGUUCAAGGACACUACAAAGGACAGCAGAUUGUCAAGGUAGUCCAGGUUUACAAGAAGAAUUAUAUGAUCUACACUGAGCGUGUACAGUGGGAGAAGACUAAUAGCACAACUGUCCAUGUAGGCAUUCAUCCCAGCAAGGUGGUUAUCACAAGGCUAAAACUGGACAAAGACCAGAAAAAGAUCCUUGAAUGGAAAGCCAAAUCUCACCAAGUAGGAAAGGAAAAAGGCAAAUAUAAGGAAGAAAUGAUUGAGAAAAUGUAA